GUUCAAAAGAGCACCAGCUAGUGCCUGAAAGAAAUUCGCUCAUGCAGCAGGAUGACAUUUCAGGAAAUUAGACAGAUAUUUUAUGUACUAUACAGUCUGUAAACAUGAGAAAUAUUUGACCCAAGCAGAAACGUGACUGAACGGAGAAUCGCUGGUUCUAUAUUUGACGUGUGGCAGCUCCGCAUAUGAGGCUCUUCAAUGAGGUUUAGAGGGAAAACUGUAUUUUCGAGCAGCUAUGUCUCCACAUGUUUCUACCGACACCAGCUGUCUGUCCCGGUCCAGUGGAACCUCCACAGAACUUAUUGCACCCAGCAACAAAGCCCGAAAGAUGAGCCGAAUAAAAUUACGUCCGUUAAAGACCGCACAGCAUCUGCAUUAACGUAUGCUGGAGAGCUGGGGAAACAGUGGGGCCGAAAUUUGGUGAAAACCACAACAGUGACCGUCAACUACUGGUGGGAGCGCUAUGAAGAGUUUGUCGGGCUUAAUGAAGUCCGAGAUGCUCAGUCCAAGGUCACAGAGGCUGAAAAGGCCUUCAUGAUCGCCAGGGGAAUUGUCAGAGAAGCUCACACCAGCCUGGAGGCUCUACAAGUUCGGCUGAAGGAAGUGAGGGACCGUUUGGACCGUGUGUCGCGUGAAGAGGCACAUUAUUUAGAGUUAGCCACACUGGAACACAAGCUACUGCAGGAAGAACGGCGCUUCAGAACGGCCUAUGAGAACGCAGAAGAAGGCGAGCGAGAGAAGUUUGCGCUCUUCUCGGCUGCAGUGCGAGCAAGCCACGAGAAAGAAAGGACCAGGGCCGAACGUACCAAAAACUGGUCCGUCAUUGGUUCGGUGUUGGGCGCCCUCAUAGGGGUGAUGGGCUCCACUUACAUAAACCGGGUACGUUUGCAAGAACUCAAGAACUUGUUGCUGGAGGCCCAGAAGGGUCCGGUGAGUCUUCAGGAAGCGAUUAAGGUCCAGGCCAGCAUGCACAAAACGCAACAAGACGAACUCAGCAACCUCAUCAACUCACUCAGGGCUACUGUGAAAGGCGGCGUAGAAGAUGUGAAAACAGUAAAACCAGUGUUUGUCCCACCAGCGGCUGCCGUUGUCCCAACGUCCGCAUCUAAUGUCUCAGAAGAAGCGAUUCGAGAGAUUCUCCAACACAGCCAAAGAGCCCAAGGGCUCAUUGAAAGCCUCAAACCACAGCUGGAGCAGCUGGAGGAGAACGUCGGGAAGGUCGGGACGGAGCUACAUGCGGUGAAAAAGACCCUGCAGUCUCGUCCCUUGGAGAAGCCAGUCAUCCAAACCCGAGACACUCAGCUCUUUGUUUGUGAUACAGAGGUAGUCGUUCAAGGCAUUGGUCAAACAGAGAAAAGACUGGAGGCGCACAUCAACAAAACAAGUCUAUACAAUACAGUCCUGACAUGUGCUGCGUUUGCUGUGACUGUGCCAGUUCUGUACAUAAUGUUGAGAGGUACUUGAAAUGUAUGCAGACAAUGUGCACUUUAGGGGCCAAUUAAUACACUAGUGAAUAUUGUAACUAAAGAGUACAGUUGGUUGUGAAAGAUUAAAUAUUGCCAAUACUAAGAA